AUGAGGUCUGCUCAGGAAGGCAGACCCUCCCUUGGAAAAGUGGAAGCUGCUCUGGAGAGUCUGCCUGAAGUGAAGACAAAGGCCCAGUCUUUACAGGCGAAAGUCUCAUCUCCUGAUCCAGCCGUUGUCGAGGGCUCCCCAAGUACCCACACUCAGCAAAGCAAGGGCGCAGAGAGCAGGCUUUCGGUGCCCCACGAGAAGCAGAGUUUGGCGUCCCGAAUUGCAGAGGCUGAGGCCUGGGAGACUCAGGCUUUUGAAGCUGAGAAAAGGAGGAGCAGCCAAUUUAGGCAAGCCUCUAUAUUUGAGCUGGAAGAUGCCCCGGUGAAACAGAGACCCUCACUUAAGAAGGUGGAGGUAUCAGAGAGGAAAAAGAGCGAGGUCGUCUCCACCCGUCCACUCUGGGCCAACAAGGCUGAGUACAUCUUCGCCCUGGUGGGCUUCUCCUUGAGGCCACUCAAUCUUUGGCGUUUUCCCCACCUGUGGCUUCACAAUGGCGGUUGUAAUUUUUUCAUCAUCUACAUCUUCUUGCUGUUCUUGAUGGGGAUUCCUCUCCUCUUCCUGGAGAUGGCAGUCGGUCGGAGGAUGCGCCAGUGCAGCAUUUGUGCAUGGACUGUCAUGGGCCCCUGGUUUGUUAGUGUGGGAUAUAGCAGCCUAAUGGUGUGCUUCAUCACCGCCUUGUACUUGAACGUGGCCAAUGGCUGGAUCCUCUUCUACCUGGGCCAGUCCUUCCAGUUUUCCGUUCCGUGGGAGCGCUGUCCUCUCCUGAAGAACUCCAGUGGCUUCGAUCCUGAAUGUGCACGGACAACGCCCUCCAUGUACUUCUGGUACCGGCUGACCUUGAAGGCCUCAGACAGCAUUGAGGAGCAUGGGCCACCAGUCAUCUCUCUGCUCCUGCCCCUUUUGACGGCUUGGUGUCUUGUUGGCAUUUUCAUGAUGAAUGGGAUCAAGUCCACCGGGAAGGUACUAUGUGUCUUGGUACCAUUGGCUGGUGUCAUCACAAUCUCUUUACUCAUCCGGAGUGUACUGCUGACCGGGGCACGAUACGGGCUUCAGCGUUUGACGGUUAUGAAGGUAUCGGCUAUGUACAGCAUAACUGCGUGGAUCCAAGCAGGGAUCCAAGUCUUGUUUGCCUUAGGUCUCGGCUUUGGCCCCGUUGUCAUUUACUCCUCGUACAUGGACCAGCCCAACAACUGUCUCAGUGACGCGUUCGUUGUGGCUUUCAUCAACCUGGGCUUCUCGAUACUUGCCAUGACUUUUGUCCUCAGUGUGCUGGGCUUCUGGGCCACUGUCCUCAUACACAGCUGCAUUGAGAAGAAUGCUGAAUUGCUUUUGAAGCUGGUAGUCCAGGGGAAACUGCCUCCUGAGGCCCUGCCCCCUCUAAACAUACCAGAUGAUCCAGACGUCAUCUUCACCUCCUGGCUCAACAGUCUUUCCCAGCCCAUCAAGAACCUGGUCCUCUCCCACAUUACUGAGUGCAACUUAGAGCAGCAGUUUUUGAAGGUUAAGGAGGGCCUAAGCUUUGCAUUCCUGGCCUUCAUUGAAGCCAUGUCAUUCAUUUCUGGGUCUGUGUUCUGGUCCAUCCUCUUCUUCCUGCUGUUGCUGCUCCUGGAGAUGGGUUUCAUGAUAGGGCUCCUGCAAGGUGUCAUGACUCCACUCCAGGACACCUUUCCUUUUUGCAAGAAACAUGAAAAGCUAUUGACAGUGGUUCUCUUUGGACUCAUGUUCCUGUGUGGCCUCUUCUUCAUUCAACCUGCAGGCGUCUAUUACAUCAAACUGCUGAGUGAUUACUGGAUGGUCCUCCCCAUCAUCGUCAUCAUCAUAUCUGAAAACAUGGCUGUGAGCUGGGCCUAUGGGUCCAGGAGGUUCCUUGCAGAAUUGGGGCCUCUGUGGAGCCGCCCCAUCCAUCCCAUCUUUCACUGCCUGUGGUGCUGUGCGUGUCCAUUUGUGCUGCUCGUCCUGUUCACUGUAAUUCUGAUUUUUCUGUCUCUGAAGACCUUCACCUAUGUGGCCUGGGACUCAAGCACUUCCAAAGAGGUGCCUCGACCAUACCCAUCAUGGGCGCUGCUUGUAAUGGUUUUUAUCUUCCUCAUUGUCACUCUCCCCAUCCUCAUAUACUUCGUAUACAGCUUCGCCCAUGGUAUUCCCUUCAAACCCAGAAGCUUGGAGGAAUCUCUCAGAUCCUCCAAAUCCCAAAGUCUCAGUAACGAGGCCCAAAAGAAGGAAACCCCACAAGGUGAUUCCAAGCCUGUGAUUGCUACGACCUCAGCUCCCCCAACCGAAAAUGCCAAGGUGUUGCCUACUGAGGAAUUGAAUGGGGAAGAACAUGGUAUGGAUUGGUUUAAUGAAGAAAUCGAGAAACCACUGGAGGCCAUAGACCAAGAUGAGCCAAAGUACGAAUACGUCACUGACCGACCAUCCUGGGCCAAUAAGGUUGAGUACCUCAUGGCCCAGGUGGGCUACUCUGUUGGGCUGAGCACCAUCUGGCGCUUUCCUUAUCUGUGUCUUCACAACGGAGGUGGGAGCUUUAUCAUCAUCUACAUCCUGAUGCUGAUUUUGGUCGGAUUUCCUCUCCUCGUGAUGGAGAUAGCAGUCGGUCAGAGGAUGCAUCAGGGCAGCAUUGGUGUGUGGAAGAACAUGAGCCCCUGGUUUGGUGGUGUGGGGUAUAGCAGCUUCAUGGUGUGCUUCAUCGUGGGCUUGUACUAUAGUGUGCUCAUGGCUUGGAGUCUCUACUAUUUGGUUCAGUCUUUCCAGUCUCCCCUGCCGUGGUCCUUGUGCCCCUUAACGAAGAACUCCAGUUUUGAUCCCGAAUGUUCACGGACAACAUCCACCACAUACUUCUGGUACCGGCAUGUGCUGAAGACCACAGAUGAAAUCGAGUUGGGUGGGCUACCAAUCGUGCAUCUCUCUGCCUCUCUACUUGCGACCUGGUUAAUUAUCUGCAUCUGUAUGAUCAAAGGGCUCAAGUCCACCGGGAAGAUGCUGUAUGUCUCAGUAUUCCUUUCCUACAUCAUCUUCAUCUGUGUCCUAAUCCGGAGUCUCAUGCUGAAAGGAGCAGACUUUGGUAUCAAGAGUUUGUUUGCUGCCCAGGUGCCAGCCCUGUACUCUGUGGACGUGUGGCGCCGGACAGGGAACCAUCUCUUUUUGUCCAUGGGCUCCGGCUUUGGCAGCUUCACUGCAAUCAGUUCAUACGUCCCUCGGUCCAACAACUGCAUCAUGGAUGCCUCUGCCGUGGCUCUUCUCAACCUGGUCAUCUCACUGACUGCCACGCUGUUUGUAUUUGCCACCUUGGGCUACUUGGCCACAGAGAACAGUGAGAAAUGUUACCUGAAGUGA